UUGUCAAUAAUUGUAAACAUGGUUGGUCUGAUAAAUCAACAUUAGCUCAACCAUUGACCUCAGAGUUUAGGACGGGGUUACCUGUUACACUCCCAAAAGAAAGGUAGAAAAGCUGUAACUGGGACUAAACUAUUUUAAAAAGUACACUUUUGCACCUAAAGAGUGUGUUUGGUAAAUUAAAGGUACAUAUUGGUACCAAAUGUAUACAAAAUUGCACAAUAAUUUUGUUAAAUACCUAACCUUAAGUACCUAAAUAUUAGGAACUCCUGAGAGUGAUGGGAGUCAUUUUUGGCAAUUAUUUUGCUAUUCUGUUUGUUGGAACAUCACAGAAAUUACACAAAAAAGGUUAGAUUCUUUAUUUUACUGUCCUUAAUGUUUAUUUCUUUAUUUCUGAAAUUUAACAUGUUAACACAUUUUCAAAUACCUGAAAAUACUGUAAAAGAAUACUGCAAAAAAAGUUGAUAAAGUUAACCUUCAUCUAAUGUGAAUAACCAAGAUGUUACAGAGCCUAAUAUUUAUUCUGAUACCCACAUUAUAGUGGAGGUAACAUCCUAUGUCAUGCAUUCUGACUGUUGAACAUGCUUGCUUCCCAUGCUUAACAUGCUAAACUUGUAAAAAAACGAGAUGGAUGUAGUAUUUCUGUGCUUGAUACACUCAAAAGUUUUUUGAAAAAGCCUGGAUCCCUAUUUCGCAACAGGGAUACUAUUCCUUUUAUAGGACAAUUCUCCCGCAAAGAGCCCACCCAUGCGCCAACCGACGAGCGAGAUCCGCUUGCCAUCAAGAUUGUCUGCGCUGCGUCAAGAUUGGCUGUGCUGAUGCACUUUACUCUUGCGAUAAUAAAGUUUAGGUGUUCACAGUAUUUCACUGAUAGAUGUUAUAUAAUAGAUAUAUAAAAUGCUGGAUUUGAAGAUCGUUUGAAACAUAGAUGGCCCAAUCCCAGUUCAAAAAGAUGCCGGGCAUGAACUGCACGCGGUAAGUGAAACUAAGUCAUAUGUCUGUGUAUUAUUGCCAAUCGGCGUGAACAUGCAAAAUGUACAAAACACGAAGGGAUAAAUGUGAUGGUGUUGCUUGUUCGUGCUGUAGUUCCAUCCCACUGUCCCCCCUAGUCCCACCUCUAGCAGCUUGUGUUUACAGAAAUAAUCGUACAGCUCUCUUUUAUAAAUUUGAUCAAACUAAAUACUCUUCGAAGAUAUGACGUAUGCAAUACUACUGUAUAGGUACGGAAGAUUAAUAUGAGAUUGGCAGAAACUGAGUGCUUUACCCAUAUCUUUAUAAGAAUAGUAAAAUUAUUCACCAGCAUCCUCGCUAAAUCGUAAUUACUUAAAUUUCUAACCAAAUCUCCAAAUUGUUCUCUGCAGUACACCAAUAACAAAACACAUAACCUAUUUAACCAUGAGUUAAAUUUAUUCACAGUUGACCUGUGUCAAAAGACAGUUAUUAAAGCCUCCAUUAUACUUCAGUAACAUCAUACCGCUCCCCCCCCUCAACUGACUACAGCAUGAUUUACCUUCACCCCUUCAUUUCUGCUUUGGCUCCUCUUUCUCCUCCCAUUCUAAACGUCUGUCUGUUCACUGCCCCAAAUCAUGACGAUCAUCCCAGCCCAGUGGGAAUGACCUCCUCCCAGCCACUCACAUCUGUGACUGUCAGAGACUCCACACGCAGGAGCACACAUUCAUCCAGAGAGAAAGAGUAAAGGAUAGAGAGAGAGAGAGAUAUUCAGCAUCAUCUCCCAUUAUCCUCCACUACUGCUGAGGAACACCGACUUCUACAAAAGAGAUGUUAUCUGUUGGUCCUCCACAGGACAAUCUAAGAUAUCACGACAAAUGUUCUGGACUUUCGAUUUACAACUAGAGACAGAGCUUGUCUAGAGUCCUAGACAACCAUCUAAUAACAGCGGAAAGAGUGUUUACCUUAAGGAUUACAUAAUUUAAGAUGAAUAGACUCGUGACUGGGGAUGGUGACAGUUUCCUAGACAAGAAGGUUUGGGAUGUGUUCAGAGACAGUCUGACAAAGGCGGAUUUGGAUGGAGUUCAAGGCUGGGUGAGGAAAACUGUGAGGAUUGCAUCUAUCUAAGAGUAUCCUAUAUCAACUGAUCAUGAAGAACACAGUGAAACUUUCAUCCAGAGUUUGCUACUAAUGGGUUCACACUGACAGGAUGGAUAAUAUUGUAAAUUCAACUGCAGGUGGAAAUGUUUCAGCUAUGCUGCCUGCCCCGUACAGCCUGCUGGAGGUCAUUACUAUUGCAACCGUAUCUGCUGUAGUGAGCCUCAUUACAAUAGUGGGCAAUGUUUUAGUGAUGCUCUCUUUCAAGGUGAACAGCCAACUUAAGACCGUAAACAACUAUUAUCUACUAAGUUUAGCUUUUGCAGACCUCAUCAUUGGCGUUUUCUCCAUGAACCUGUACACAUGCUACAUUCUCAUGGGAUACUGGUCUUUGGGCAACAUAGCAUGCGAUCUUUGGUUGGCACUUGAUUACGUUGCAAGUAACGCAUCGGUGAUGAACUUGCUUGUCAUCAGCUUUGAUAGGUACUUCUCAAUAACAAGACCGCUCACCUAUAGGGCUAAACGGACCCCGAAACGUGCAGGCAUCAUGAUUGGCUUGGCAUGGUUGAUAUCUUUCAUAUUGUGGGCGCCACCUAUUCUGUGCUGGCAGUAUUUUGUCGGCAAGAGAACCGUUUCUCCCGACCAAUGCGAAAUACAGUUCUUCUCAGAACCCAUAAUUACAUUCGGGACGGCUAUAGCAGCUUUUUACAUCCCGGUAUCCAUCAUGACAAUUUUGUAUUGCAAAAUCUACAAAGAAACAGAGAAGCGCACAAAGAAUUUGGCAGAACUGCAAGGAUACCCAUCUUUAGACAGUCACGAAGGACCUAAAGAACGGAAGCCAAUACUACGAUGCUUCAGCUUUAAAAACAACAGGGAUGGGACUCAAGCAUCGUGGUCUUCAUCCAACCAGAGUUAUGUUACAAGGACAACCAUGCAAUCCGAGGAUCUGUGGACAAAGUCACACCAGGUGACCAGCUUAAACAGUUAUACAUCAUCAGAGGAUGAGCGCUCAGUCUCGGAUGCAACUCCACGAGAAUCUUUGAAGAACCAAGAAUCUAUAGGAAAUAAGAAUGGACAGCUGGAUUGUGAUGAAGACAACAUAAGUGACCCUGCAAAGCAGUGCUCACAAACAAACAGUAAAAAAUGUUUGGCAUACAAGUUCAAGCCAAUCCUCAGCAAUAUUACCACUUUUCAAUCCAACAAUCAGUCUGAGAGACCAAACGCAGAUCACCGAUACACAUCAGAGACACAGGUUCCAUCAUCCACAUCAACCCAACCAGAAGUUCCAACCUUGAAAAUCCAGAUGACAAAACGGAAAAGAAUGGUUCUUGUCAAGGAGAAAAAGGCGGCUCAGACUCUCAGUGCGAUUCUCCUAGCUUUUAUCCUCACGUGGACCCCAUACAACAUCAUGGUUCUCAUUUCCACCUUCUGUUCUAACUGCAUCCCCGUCUCUCUCUGGCAUCUGGGCUACUGGCUCUGCUACGUCAACAGCACAAUCAACCCUAUGUGCUACGCCCUAUGCAACAAGACCUUCCAGAAGACAUUUUGGAUGCUCAUCCUCUGCAAAUGGAAAAGGAACAGAGGAGAUGAAAAGCUAUACUAUCAAAGCCAUUAAAUACAUAUGAAUGUAAUAAUGGCUGAAUGUUAAACCAGUUCAAGAUGUGAUACAAUUGUUUUUAUAUCAAUAUUUAAUUUUAGCUAUGUAUGUAAAAGAGAAGCUCUUAGAAUAUUCCUCUUCAUAUUCCAGGCUAUACUUGUUUAGCUACGGUGCAUGUAUUGUUCAUGUUGCCUGUUUGAAACAUUGUAAAACUUAGUAAUUUAAACUGAAAUUAAUUGUGAGGUGCCAAAAUAUGAGGUUAUAAAAAAUAUUAGUUGGUUUUGCUUGAAGAUACAUGUAAUGAUUUCCUACACUGCUUGCAUAAAAAUAAACUGAUGUUUCUUCCACUUAGGAUCACAGGUUUUUAUUAUUAUUAUCACUUAAUUAUUUAAAAUCAUCACUUUUGUAAAAAAACAUGUCAAAUGUGUUUCAUUGUACC